AUGGCCCUUCCCCGCGCAAUCCGCCAAGUCGUUCUGGCCAUCGAACAAGCUGAGGGUGCUGGUGCCCGCGUUCGCCGCUCAAUUGGAACCGCCAAGCUGCGCAACUUCAGCCCCUUCCUCAUGCUCGACCACUUCACCAUCGGCAAGGGCGCCGGUUUCCCAGAUCACCCUCACCGUGGCCAAGAGACCAUCACCUACCUCCUGUCGGGCGGAGUGGACCAUGAAGAUUUCGCCGGCAACAAGGGCACCAUCGGACCCGGCGACCUGCAAUUCAUGACCGCGGGGCGCGGAAUCAUGCACGCGGAAAUGCCCCACGAGAACCCCGACGGCAGCCCCAACGUCGGCAUGCAGCUGUGGGUCGAUCUGCCCAAGAAUCUCAAGAUGUGCGAGCCGCGGUAUCGUGAUCUGCGCGCGUCCGAGAUCCCUGUCGCCAAGGUAGAUGACGACCGGGUCACAGUGAAGGUCAUCUCAGGUCAGUCGCAUGGAGUUGAUUCGGUCCGCGAUUUGGCCUAUACACCCGUGUGGCUGCUGGAUAUUGCGAUCCGGCCGGGUGGACGCAUCGCACAGUCCCUACCGAAGGGGUGGAAUGCAUUUGCCUAUACCCUUUCUGGAACAACAGUCUUUGGGUCGAACGAUUCUACAAAGUUGGUGCAGGAAUUCCACAACGUGGUCUUUGACCAGGGCGGAGAUUAUGUGGAGGCGUCGGUGCCGGAUAAUGCCGAAUCGGAGUCCAGGUUCAUUCUGGUGGCGGGUCAGCCGCUGGACCAGAAGGUGGUGCAGUACGGUCCCUUUGUCUUGACCAGCCAGGAGGAGGUUUACCAGGCGAUGGUUGAUUAUCAGACUGCGUCGAACGGAUUCGAGAGAGUCCGUGGGUGGGAGAGUGAAAUCGGCAAGAGAAUGGCGUUUUAG